AUGAGAGAACGUCCUAAAGAAUCCGAUUGUCCAUUUCUCUGGUGGGCGGAGCGUCAAUCUCAAUUCGAGUUUUUAUCUGUGAUGGCUAGAGAAUACUUUUCGUGUCCAGCAGUAUCCAUCGAUGCCUCCUUCUAUUUCUCGGAAGGCGGAAAGCUUCAUAGAUUAUGCGAGAUGUAUUCAGGACAGCAAUUAGAACAAAGUCUCAAUCUCGCCGGAUCUCAUCAAGAGUUUCGAGGAAAAGGAGCGUCAGAAGAUGAUUCUACCUACAGUAUGAUUGAGAAAUUGGAUGGGUUGACACGAAAUUCGAAACCCGAAACAUCAUAUUUUCAACCUAUCAUAAAAGUCUUUGUGCCAAUCUUGCUGCCAUCAAACAAACAUGAAGCAACAAAUUUUCUAAAUGGAUCAAUGGAGGAAUCACAGCUAGAUGUGAAGUUGGAGCCAUUCGAUUCAGAAGAACAAUAUUUCGAUACGAGAACUGCGCCAACUAAACGUAAAAGUGGUCUACCGAAUCAGAUGACCGAACCACGUUCACGUUGCACUAUCUGUAAAGAAUCGAAGAAGUCUGAGUCACUCUGGUAUUUCGGACGAACAGUUGAACGACUUAUACUUGUUCUUGGAUGUCUGUCUCGAGGAUUUUUCACUGUCAUGUGCGCCGAAGAAAUAAUGAGAAAGAAGAAGAGGUUUCAUGUAUGCAGCUGUCAUAUUCGGGAGACUGUUGAGGAGAUUUAUGAAAAGUUGGGCCUAACGAUUCCGGAAGAUCUCUAUUCAUGUUCGAUGGAGCUAUUCGAGAAUAUAUUUAAUUCUGUAGCACAUUUGAAUCCUGGAAUGACCAAAGAAGAGUUUCAAGAGGCGCUUUUCGAAUUCUUCAUCAAAUACGAGCAUGUAAGAGAAGAGAAUGAAGCGAGACCCCAAUUAUCAUGGAAUAAAGUUGUGAAAGUAAAUGAAGAGGCGGAUUUUGAGCGGGUUCAAGACGAUUGUAACGACGAAGACGAAGUUGAUCCAUUAAGUCCAGAACUAAUUAAUUCCAUCACAACAUACGAUCUAUCUACUCCCAGAAAUCGUCGAUGUACAAUCUGUAGGCUAUUGAGAGCUCCAGGUGAUAUCAAAUCAUUCAUAAGAUAA